UCACCAUAUGGACGGUAAAGAUUAUAAAAACAAAUCAUUAGGGAGUUGUAAUAAUGUGAGUGUUAUACCGCGUAGACACAACAACAGUGUUCAAGUUGGCUUAUAUAAAUAUUGGUCUAGAGUAUGCCAUAUAGAUUCCCAUAAAACAAGACUGAGAAGUAACUUUUCUAUACACAGAGAGAGAAGAAAGAUAGAGAACGAGAGAUGAAGAAUGUUCAAGCUGAAUACCGUAAAGGACCGUGGACAGAACAAGAGGACAUCCUCUUGGUCAACUUUGUCCACAUGUUCGGAGAUCGAAGAUGGGAUUUUGUAGCGAAAGUUUCAGGUUUGAAGGUGGAGGGAGAAACAUAAGAAUAGGUAUAGGGCUUGUGUUUGGAAAAAUGGUUGGUCUUUGCAAAGGACCUUCCAUUAAAAGAUAUGACUUGGUUUUGGUUGUAGGUUUAAAUAGAACAGGAAAGAGUUGCAGGUUAAGGUGGGUUAAUUACCUACAUCCUGGUCUUAAACGUGGUAAGAUGACUCCUGAAGAAGAGCGUCUUGUCCUUGAGCUUCACGCCAAAUGGGGAAACAGGUGGUCGAAAAUAGCCCGGAAAUUACCGGGUCGUACCGAUAAUGAGAUAAAGAAUUAUUGGAGGACUCAUAUGAGGAAGAUAGCACAAGAGAAGAAGCGACCUAUGUCGCCAACUUCAUCAUCUUCAAACUUCUGCUCAUCAUCCAUGACCACCGCAACUACUCAAGACACUGGACGAUCCGAAGGGAAAAUGAAUCAAGAAUGUGAAGACGGAUACUACUCUAUGGAUGACAUAUGGAGAGAGAUUGAUCAGUCUGGAGAAAGCAUUACCAAACCGGUGAAAGGCAUGUACUACUCAGAGCAAAGCUGCUACUUGAACUUCCCUCCUCUGGCUUCUCCAGCCUGGGAAAGCUCCUUGGAGUCAAUAUGGAACAUGGAUGCAGAUGAAAGUAAGAUGUCUUCUUUUGCCAUUGAUCAGUUUCCUCUCAGUUUCGAACAUGGUUCAUCGUGGUCAUCUUUAGUCUAGGAUUUGUAACAUUUUAAUGUUUAUAUGUGCAGCCUAUAUAUAUUAUCAAACGACUGUUGUAGUUUUCCAUGACUUACAUAAGCAAACACCACCCACUGUACUAAUAUCAUGUGUAGUCAUCAUCAUCAUCAUCCUAUAUAUGUCGGUUCCUUCAUAUAUGUUAGUUUGUAGAGUGCGUGAAAAAAAAAUCGCAUCCAUCUCUUCUUCUUACAGAGAUGCCUUUGUAUGGGAUACCAAUGUAUAAUACAAGUAAGAACUCUAUUUCCAAAAUGAAUAGACUUUGAUAUUUUUUGAACUACAAAAAAGAGAGGCAUUAAUAGCACAUUACAAUAGCAUUGAUUUACAAACUGCUAUUAAAGAUGAUAUUCUGGAAUAUGAUACUUUAUAAUAGCAUUUUAUUAGUGCUAAAUCGUAUUUUCACUGAGCGGGAAGCGAAAGUGAGUUUUCGAGCCUAGUUUUCUUUAUUAGCGCCAAUACUUAGCCAAAUUUUGGUUCUGGCAAAAACAAACUCUCACGGUUUCUAGGUUUGGUGUUAAAAGCUUUUUUUAACUCUCUCUCAUUUUAGUCUCAUGAUAGAAAAAAAAAUUCUUUCCAGAUCUUUCUCUCCUUCGAUGUUGCUUCUUCUAUCUCUCCGACAACCAUCAGCACCACAUUGUUUCUCCACAGCCGUCCUCCGCCUCCCCACCUCCCGUUCUCUCUAACCCAGCUCACCCAAACCCUAACUCCAUCUCUGUCCGCAUCAAGGACGAUUUGGAUCCUCCGCUCUUCUUCUUUUUAAUUCCACUGGAGUUUUAUCAUCUCUGCCUAUUCGACUUAAGUGUAGAGAUGGAGACUCUAAGGAGAAAGAAAUAGCAUUACUCAAGCUUAUUCUUUGCAAUCCUCCUCAACUGCUAAGAAUCAUGACUUCCAGGGACUCGUCCCAGUGAGGGUGAAGAAAAUCACCGAGUCUUUUCAUCUCGGUGGUGAAAAAAUCAGGUAUCGUCAUCCAUGGAAUCAGACUCACAAACGUACAAUCUCUUCCAGAUUUCUCCGUCUUUUCGUUACUUAGUUGUGUGGUGAUGUUUGGUCUUGCAACAAGUGUCACUUGUUGGGUUAGUUAGUGACGAAGACUUCUCCAAAGUCACUAAAGUUAGAUUCUCUCUUGUUGAUGGAACAUGUGGUAUCGAUUGUAAAAGACGGGUGAAUGAAUGUUUUGACGCUAGAGAAAUGUAGUCAGUGCAGUGAUUAUACUAUCUCCUGGGUCUUCUUCUCUCACCUUUCUUGGUAAAGUUUGUGUUUUCAAAUAUUUUUUCUCUUGUGAAACAGAGAUGGAACUUAUGUGCGUCUCAAUUGUCAGGUCUCUGGCCCUCUUUGCUGCAGGUUGCUCCCUGAAUGCUGAAGAACUCGCUAUCUCGAAACUCGGUUUGCCUCGGUGAGUCUCUAGAGAAGUGUGGUAUCAGUCACCUCUUCCCGUUCAGAGGGAUCUGAUAGUUCCUGCACUGCAAAAACGAGACAUCAUAGCUCGUGCAAAGACAGGAACCACAAAGACAGUAACUGGAAAUACUACUCUCGAGGGCAGAAGAUGUUCUCACACAUCAGAGAUACAUGCUAAGGCCAAGAAGAAAAUGGGAGCUCAAGGUUUUAAUUUAGUUCCCUUGUUUUCUAUAGUCCUUUUUAUAUUUAGCUCAGAUGUUUGUGUAAGAUUUGAUGAAAAUGUAGACAUGUUUGUGGUAAUGAUGUAAGUACAUUUUGGUUUUAUCAAUGAAAUAUAAAUUGAAUAUU